AUGUUCUUCCAGUCGCUGACUGCUGUGGCAGCCAUCCCAUUUGCUUCUGCUCAGUUGAAUCAGCUUGCUCAAGAUGCUGGGAAAAUGUACUUUGGCACUGCAACUGACAAUGGGGAGCUUAACAAUACGCAGUAUGUUAGCAUUUUGACCAAUACGUCCGAAUUUGGUCAAUUGACUCCGUCAAACGGUCAGAAGUGGUUUGUAAUUGAGCCAGAAUUCGGAGUUUACAACUUCUCCAUGGGCUCAGUUGUAGCAGACUUGGCUGCGAGCAACAACCAAAUACUCCGCUGCCACAAUCUGGUUUGGCAUUCACAAUUAGCACCAUGGGUCGAUACCAUGACCUGGUCAAAAGAGAACCUCACAGCAGCCCUCAUCGAUCACGUAACACAAGAAGCCACACACUGGAAAGGCAAAUGCUAUGCCUGGGACGUCUUGAACGAAGCUCUCAACGAAGACGCUUAUUACAACGAUUAUAACAUCGAGCACGUCUCCAAUAAAUCCAAUGCCGCAAGAGCAAAUAUUAUCAAGCUUCUUCAGGAUGAUGGGAUCAGGAUCGAUGGUGUGGGGCUUCAGAGCCAUUUUACUGUAGCCAAUGCGCCGAGUUUAGAUGCGCAGAUCGAGAACAUGCAGCUGUUUGCUGAUAUGGGACUCGAGAUCGCUAUUACGGAAUUGGAUGUUAGGCUAAAUGAGCCAGAGAACAGUACGAACCUUGCGAAUCAGAGCCAGGUUUACGAGAAUACUGUUGGAGCUUGUAUGCAAGUUGAUGAGUGCAUUGGAAUUACUGUUUGGGACUUUUAUGAUCCUUUCUCCUGGGUUCCAGAUACGUUCCCUGGCCAGGGAUCAGCGACGCUUUAUUUUGCAAACUUCACCAAACAUCCUGCAUAUCAAGGCAUUGUUAACGCGUUGACGAAUGGGACGGAUUCAGGAUCUGACAAUGACAACGGCGAUGACUGUGACGAUGAUGGGGAUAGUGGGGACAAGAAGAAGAAAAGAGACAGUCACUGGUGGAGGCUUUGA